GUAUGCCUCAUGUCGAAUGGAGCAGCGCCAUUGGCUUAACGCGUAUGACAUCAGUGGGCUUUAACUUCCGGGUUGAGUAAUCUUGACGCAAGCAGCCGCGGCUUUGGUUUGAUUUCUCUCCGCACAGUCGCUUUAAUGAGACGCCUCAGGUUCUGCAGACGCUGAGCUCCUGGAGGUGAGGGCAGGAUGACCAGCGCAGAGAGUCCAGCUUCUUCAGCAGCGGUCGGAGAGAGCAGCAGCAGCACGUUUGAGUGUAACAUCUGUCUGGACACGUCCAGAGACGCCGUCAUCAGUCUGUGUGGACAUCUCUUCUGCUGGCCGUGUCUGCAUCAGUGGCUGGAAACCAGGCCGAGCAGACAGGUGUGUCCGGUUUGUAAGGCCGGCAUCAGUCGAGAUAAAGUGAUCCCGCUGUACGGCAGAGGCAGCACCGGCCAGCAAGACCCCAGAGAAACUCCUCGGCGUCCGCAGGGACAGCGUCCAGAGCCGGAGAACCCAGCCGGGUUUCAGGGCUUGGGCUUCGGCGAUGGAGGCUUCCAGAUGUCUUUCGGGAUCGGGGCUUUUCCUCUUGGGAUCUUCGCUUCAGCGUUUAAUAUCAGUGACGGACGACCGCCUCCAGCAGCUCCAGGAACCCCUCAGCACACGGAUGAGCACCACUUCCUGUCCCGCCUCUUCCUGUUCGUGGCGCUCCUCGUCAUGUUUUGGCUGCUUAUUGCUUAAACGCUGACGAACUGUACGAUCAGGAUAAUCUUCAGAGAUCGCAAUAGUGUUCGGUUAUGAUUUUAAUAAACACUUGAGUCUUAUUUCUCUCCAGACGAAAUCAUUAAUGGAUUUGUCUUCGAUUGCCGUGCCUGAUAAUAUCACUCAGAACUCGGUGAAUGCCUAAAUAAUAUACUUCCUAUUGACAAACAUUUCAUUCUGUUUAACGGUUUGGGCUUCUAAUGAUUAUCCAGCAAAAUUAAAAAGAAAUGAAUGCAUUCA